CGAGUUCCUGCUCCGCAAAGCAACGGCUGUGAUAUAGUAGCGGUAGCUUUGAAUCCAAUCCAUGGCCCCACCACCACUGCAAUCACUGCCCCCGUCUCACCUUCCCACACCCAUUUCUCUCUCCUCUCUCUCUAUCUAGAGUAUAUUAUUCAAAAUGGCCUCCAAAAACCAGAACAAACCUCCAAUCCCUAACUUCACCAACGCUCCCGCAAGCCCUUCAAACAACCAGCCUGUUGUCGAUGAGGUUACUGUAGAUAAGCGACGAAAGAUCGGACUUGGGAAAAUGGUGGGACCGGCGAACAGCGGCAGAACUCGGCAAGCAUUUUCGGUGGUGAAUGGCGGUCAGGAGAAUGGCGGCCCUCCAAGUAGUGCGGGGUCGGAAUGUGGAGGCAUCGAGUUUACUAAGGAGGAUGUUGAGGCAUUGUUGAAUGAGAAAAUGAAGGGCAAGAACAAGUUCAAUUUGAAGGAGAAAUGUGAUCAAAUGAUGGACUAUAUUAGAAAGCUUAGGCUUUGCAUCAAAUGGUUCCAAGAGCUUGAAGGAAGCUAUCUCUUAGAGCAGGAGAAGCUACGGAAUAUGUUAGAUUGUGCAGAGAGAAAAUGCAAUGAAUUGGAGGUGCUAAUGAAAAACAAAGAAGAGGAGCUGAAUUCCAUUAUAAUGGAGUUGAGGAAGAAUUGUGCAUCCCUACAUGAGAAAUUGACGAAGGAAGAAUCGGAAAAGUUGGCUGCAAUGGACUCUCUAACAAGAGAAAAAGAGGCUAGGCUUGCUGCUGAGAGAUUACAAACUUCUCUCACAGAUGAGCUCGGAAAAGCUCAACGAGAGCACUUAAGUGCUAGUCAGAAGAUAACAUCUCUUAAUGAUAUGUACAAGAGAUUACAAGAGUACAACACAAGUUUACAGCAAUACAAUAGUAAACUUCAGACAGAGCUUCCCACAGUGAAUGAAGCUCUUAAACGUGUGGAGAAAGAGAAAGCUGCUGUAGUAGAGAACCUCAGCACUUUAAGAGGUCACUAUAAUGCAUUGCAGGAUCAGUUCACUUUGACCAGAGCUUCUCAAGAUGAGGCUAUGAAGCAAAGAGAAGCUUUGGUGAAUGAUGUUGUGUGCUUAAGGGGGGAGUUGCAACAGGCAAGAGAUGAUCGUGAUCGCUAUUUGUCACAAGUGGAAGUUUUAACAACUGAAGUAGUGAAGUACAAGGAAUGUACUGGGAAAUCCUUUGCUGAGUUGGAAAACCUAUCACUAAAAUCAAAUGAGCUGGAGGCAAGAUGUUUGUCACAAAGUGACCAGAUAAAAGCAUUGCAAGACAAGCUAGGAGCUGCAGAGAAGAAAUUACAGGUGUCGGAUUUGUCUGCAAUGGAGACAAGAACUGAAUAUGAAGAGCAAAAGAAAUUGAUUCAUGACUUACAAAAUCGCCUGGCUGAUGCAGAGAUUAAAAUUAUUGAAGGAGAGAAGCUACGUAAAAAGUUGCAUAAUACUAUUUUGGAACUUAAAGGAAACAUCCGUGUAUUCUGUAGAGUGCGGCCUCUAUUGGCAGAUGACUCUGCUGCAGAAGCAAAGGUCAUUUCUUAUCCCACUUCAACAGAGUUUUUUGGGCGGGCCAUCGAUUUAAUGCAAAGUGGCCAAAAGCAUUCGUUCACCUUCGACAAAGUGUUUAUGCCUGAUGCAUCGCAACAGGAAGUCUUUGUAGAAAUCUCACAGCUUGUACAGAGUGCUCUGGAUGGUUAUAAGGUAUGUAUUUUUGCAUAUGGUCAGACAGGCUCAGGUAAGACUCAUACCAUGAUGGGCAGGCCAGGAAACCCAGAGCUAAAAGGGUUGAUACCUCGCUCUCUAGAACAGAUAUUUGAGACCAGACAGUCUCUUAAAUCCCAAGGAUGGAAAUAUGAAAUGCAGGUUUCAAUGUUGGAAAUAUAUAAUGAAACAAUUCGUGAUUUGUUAUCAACAAAUCGAUCCUGCUCUGAUGUCUCACGAACAGAAAAUGGUGUUGCUGGAAAGCAGUAUGCAAUCAAACACGAUGCAAAUGGCAAUACUCAUGUUUCUGAUCUUACCGUUGUGGAUGUUCGCAGCACUAGAGAAGUUUCAUUUCUUCUAGAUCAGGCUGCACAAAGCAGGUCUGUGGGCAAAACACAGAUGAAUGAGCAAUCAUCCAGAAGUCAUUUUGUGUUCACUCUGCGGAUAUCUGGUGUUAAUGAGAGCACUGAACAACAAGUACAAGGUGUUUUGAACCUUAUUGAUCUUGCGGGCAGUGAACGACUUUCUAAAAGUGGAUCAACAGGGGACCGUUUGAAAGAAACCCAAGCCAUCAAUAAGAGUCUGUCAUCAUUAAGUGAUGUUAUAUUUGCCCUGGCAAAGAAGGAGGACCAUGUACCAUUUAGGAACUCAAAGCUUACAUAUCUUCUUCAGCCUUGUUUAGGUGGGGACUCCAAGACCUUGAUGUUUGUGAACAUCUCUCCUGAUCCUUCCUCGUUGGGAGAGUCGCUUUGCUCCCUCCGUUUCGCAGCCAGGGUUAAUGCUUGUGAGAUUGGGAUUCCUAGACGUCAAACAAACAUGCGGCCAUCAGAUUCUCGCCUGAGCUAUGGCUGACUUUUGGUAGAACAAUGGCUCUGUUUUCUUUCGAGGCAAUACAAAUCCAUCUGCGUGACGGAUAUUUAUGAAUGGGGACAUGAAAGUGAUUCUAACAUCUGUAAUUUGUAUAGAGGACAUGCUGGGUUUGCAACAAGAGAAACCGCAGGUUGCGCUUUUGAUCAUUAAAUUUGUAAAAAUAAAGAUGUUAUGAUGAUGCUGAGAGGUUGAGACUGAUUUAUUUGUAACAUUUCACCCACGAAAUUGUGUUACUGAAUUACAUAUUCAUAUCAAUGUCA